UAAACGUUUAUAUGCUCCUGGAUUAAAAACAGUAUAAAGUUUAAGACAUUUAUUGGUAACUCAUAACAUUAUAUUUUACAGGGAAAUUAUUGACAAACAAUUGCCAGCCAUAUUUUCAUUUUAAGUGUAAAGCUUCACUGCCAUUUACAGAAAUCUGAAAGGGAGUUAAUAAGAAAAGCAUCCUGAUUAUUAAGUGAAUAUGAAAUCAUACAAGCCCUCAUUACCUACACUUAGUUAAUCUGAAUGUGGCAUAUGUGAGAAACCAAUAAGCAGUUCCGUAAAUGCUUCUAUCACGUGUUUGUUACGGACGUUUCAUACCGUGGAAAUCAAUUCCUGGUAGCGUUUGGGCUGGUAAACAACGUAGAAUUCCUCGUUUAACUAAUCGUCGUAAAGAAGCAUUUUUGGAUGAACUUCUUAUAUCACGUCAAAAUCAUAUGUAUCUUCAAAAACCCUAUUUCAAUGAAGAAGUUGAAGCUGCUACUUUAGCUGAUGAAAAAGCACGUGAAAUGCAAAUGGAAGAUAAGAUUUUCUAUGAUCGUUAUGCUGAACAAUUCAAUCGUCGUUUUCCUACACGUAAUCUUGAAACAUUUUGGGAUAAAUUAACACGAACUAAACGUUAUGAUGUUUAA